AAACAGUUGGCGGCGGCGCCGCGACGACCGGGUUCCCGCCCAGCCCCGGGUCAGCCAGACGCGGCGUCGCGCCCCUCGGGACCCGCGCGAGGCGGGCGGCUGAGCCGCUUGGUGCUGCAGCCGCCACUGUUGCUCCGGGGCCCGCCGCCAGCAUGUCGCUGCCUCCGGAGAAGGCGUCGGAGCUGAAGCAGCUCAUCCACCAGCAGCUGAGCAAGAUGGAUGUCCAUGGCAGAAUAAGAGAAAUCCUUGCUGAGACCAUACGGGAAGAAUUGGCACCGGAUCAGCAACAUUUGUCCACCGAAGAUUUGAUAAAAGCCCUUAGACGUCGAGGAAUCAUUGAUGAUGUGAUGAAAGAACUUAAUUUUGUUACUGAAAAUGUUGAUCAAGAACUUCCUUCCUCUCCAAAACAACCUGUUGGUUUUGAUAAACAAUCAACUUUAAAAAAAACUAAUAUUGAUCCAACACGGAGGUAUCUUUACCUUCAGGUUUUGGGUGGAAAAGCUUUCUUGGAACAUCUUCAAGAACCUGAGCCUUUACCUGGACAAGUUUGUUCAACUUUUACUUUAUGUUUACAUUAUCGGAACCAACGUUUUCGUUCUAAACCUGUUCCAUGUGCCUGUGAACCGGAUUUUCAUGAUGGCUUUCUACUUGAAGUACACAGAGAAAGCUUAGGUGAUGGAACUAGAAUGGCUGAUUCAACAACAAUGUUAUCAAUAAGUGAUCCAAUUCAUAUGGUGCUAAUCAAAACUGACAUAUUUGGUGAGACCACCUUAGUAGCAUCCUAUUUUCUGGAAUGGCGAUCAGUUUUGGGUUCAGAAAAUGGAGUAACCAGUCUGACUGUGGAGCUUAUGGGUGUAGGCACAGAAUCAAAAGUUUCUGUGGGAAUUUUAAAUAUAAAACUUGAAAUGUAUCCACCACUCAAUCAGACAUUAUCUCAAGAAGUGGUGAACACACAGCUUGCUUUGGAACGUCAGAAAACUGCAGAGAAAGAGCGAUUAUUUCUUGUGUAUGCCAAGCAGUGGUGGAGAGAAUAUUUGCAAAUUCGACCCUCACACAACUCACGGCUGGUGAAAAUUUUUGCACAGGAUGAAAAUGGAAUAAAUAGACCUGUCUGUUCCUACAUUAAACCACUUCGAGCUGGCCGGCUUCUGGAUACUCCACGGCAGGCAGCAAGAUUCGUUAAUGUCCUUGGUUAUGAACGAGCUCCUGUUAUUGGAGGAGGAGGUAAACAGGAACAAUGGUGCACUCUGCUGGCCUUUCUCUGUAGAAACAAGGGUGACUGUGAAGAUCAUGCUAACCUUCUGUGCAGCCUUCUUCUUGGAUAUGGGUUAGAAGCCUUUGUCUGUGUAGGGACUAAGGCAAAAGCAGUACCUCAUGCAUGGGUUAUGACUUGUGGAACUGAUGGAACCAUCACUUUUUGGGAGAGUUUAACUGGACACAGGUAUAUUCACAAACCUAUUAAUCCUGAUGAGCCUCCGCUUGCUGAACAGGCCAAACCAUUGUACCCAUAUCGAACGAUUGGCUGUGUUUUCAAUCAUCAGAUGUUCCUUGGAAAUUGUCAACCCUCUGAUGCAGUAGAAACCUGUAUAUUUGAUUUGAAUGAUGAAUCCAAAUGGAAACCCAUGAGUGAAGAAGCAAUUAAAUCUGUGUGUGCCCCAGGAGCGACAACAUCCCUUCCUCCCUUUCCACCUCUGUGUGCAUCCACAAUUGAUGCAUCUGUCACAAGUAAUGAAAUAGAAAUGCAGCUGAGGCUCCUAGUGUCAGAACACAGAAAGGAUCUUGGCCUCACGACUGUUUGGGAAGACCAGCUUUCUUAUCUUUUAUCACCAGCGUUGGCUUCUUAUGAAUUUGAGCGCACCACAAGUAUAUCUGCAGGCAACGAAGAAUUUCAGGAUGCCAUAAGGAGGGCGGUACCUGAUGGUCACACAUUUAAAGGGUUCCCUAUACAUUUUGUGUAUAGAAAUGCAAGGCGUGCAUUUGCCACCUGUCUUCGAUCCCCUUUUUGUGAAGAAAUAAUCUGUUGCCGUGGAGACCAGGUGCGACUGGCAGUUCGUGUCCGAGUGUUUACUUAUCCCGAAUCUGCAUGUGCUGUUUGGAUCAUGUUUGCUUGUAAAUAUCGCUCUGUAUUAUAGGACUAGCAUUUCCAUAAGAAUUAUACCUGUGUUUUACUGAAAUUUUACACAUUAUAUAUUACUAGCUGUUUGAAGGUUUUUUAUUAUUAUUAUUAUUAUUAUUAUUAUUAUUAUUAUCAUAAUUUGCUUUGGAUGUCUUAUUUCAAUUUUGUAUAGACCUGACUGAUGAUGUUUUAAAAAAUCAUGAUUUGUGUAUUUCAAGUCUAAGGAUGAAAAACUUGUAAAAAUCUUAGUUGAAUUUAAUAUAAAUUAAGUGUAUAUUCUAUUUUAAUAAAUGCUACUUUGUUUACAGGUAUUCAGUAGUUUAAAUAUGAAUAUAAAAUUUACUCAGUUUUCUUUACACUAAUAAUUAUCAUAGAGGUAUAUAUCUAAGGGUUUGGACUAUAGUAAAAUCAAAGUGAUUAUUUUUCAGAGGUGAAUGAAAUUAUUUUAAAUAUAUUAGGAAGAAUUAACCUCACAAGAUUUAUUAAUUGCAUAUAUAAAAAUACAUUUUGGUGAAUUACCACUUUUGUGGUUUACCCAUGAUGCUGGGGAUAUUUGAGACUUCCCAGAAAUUUUUGGAAAGACUUCUUCAGAGUAGGAAAUCAGUAAUUCCACAAAAGCAUGAAUAACAGAGCUCAUAUGAAAGUACUUCAGUAAUUUAUAAAUAUUUAUUGUUACAGAAGUGUAUUGGGUAUUUAAAAAUUUUUUUCUCUUGCACCCCUGUAUUAUGAUACAGAUCA